CUCAAACCACAUCCAAACUACUUCCAUCCGAAAAAAGUUGAGAGAUACCGUAUACGCAAUAUCAACUCGAACUUGAUUGUAUCGAAACAAAGAUGAGUGAAGUCCAAGAACAGAGAAUCAAUCAAUACAAUUUUCGAGCAUUAAAAUCGAUUGGAAUCACUGAAUCUCAUCCUCAAUUUAGACCUCUUCAAAGCUUUCAACAACCUAAUGUUGAAAACGUUCGAGCAUUCAAGUACAGUCCAGAUGGAAGUCGAUAUGCAGUAGCAGCAACGAAUGACGUUCGAGUUUAUGAUGCACAAAAUGGACAACUUUUAAUUCAAAUCGAUUUACCUAAUGUGAUUGAAAUUUCAUUUUCUCCCAAAGGUACUUGGAUUAGUACAUGGGAACGUUAUGUUAAACCUACGGAUGAAAGUGCACAACAUAAAAAUAUGCGUGUUUGGGAUGUUAGUACGGGUCAAGAAGUGAUUAGCUUUUCACAGAAAUCUAUUGAAGCUUGGUCAUUACAAUUCACCGAUAACGAAUCUCAUGCACUAAGGUUGAUUUCCAAUGAGAUCCAAGUAUAUGAUCCAUCAAAAGGAUUCCAAAGUGGUUCAUCAAUGAUCACCAAAUUCAAAUUAGAAGGAUUAACAAGUUACAAAUUAUCACCCGGAAGAAAUCCAUCAAUAUCAAUCUUUAUACCCGAGAAGAAUGGAUCACCAGCAUGUGUGAAGAUAUUUGGAUUAAUCGGAUUAACAUCAAAUUCAUUACCGAUUUCAUCUAAAACUUUCUUUAAAGCUGAUAAAGUUCAAUUUAAAUGGAAUCGAUCGGGUACUAGUUUACUUUUUUUAACUCAUACUGAUGUAGACAAGACUGGUAAAUCUUACUACGGCGAAACCAAUCUAUACAUGUUAUCUGCUAAUGGUACAUUUGAUUGUCGGGUCACAUUGGAUCGUGAGGGUGGAAUCCAUGACUUUGUUUGGUCACCUAACGAUAAGGAAUUCACUGACAGCUAUAGAUAUAUGCCAGCCAAGACAACAAUCUUUGAUCAUAGAUCAAACUU